GCGCGCAGAUGGGGGUGGGGGGCCUCUGGAAAGCGAUCUGCCCAGUCUGACACACACACACACACACACACACACUGCCAGCGCCAGAGAAAGGCAGCGGCAGCAGCUCCUUCUUUACUUCAGCAACAUCUGCCCCUCCUGUAGCUCUCUGAGGGUCGCUCCUCUUCACUGUGGAGAGGAAGCAGAAGAGACGAGGCGCCCCCGCUGCUUUCUGAACUCCUCUGUAUGUGUGAUGGCGGAGGACGGGCAGGUUUAGGAUUUUGGGCUGUUUUCUGGACUGUUUUGGACUGUUUUUGGACGCCGGUGUGAGGAGGGAUAUUAUAGCGGCUCUGCUCUCAGACAUGGAUGCGCUGAAACUGCCCGCAGCUGCUCUCCUUCUUCUCCUGCUCUCUCUGAACAGCCCGGUCUCCUCCAACCAGUUCCCGGACUCCAAGCAGGCUCGAGAAUGGGCAAACCACAUAGAGGAGGACCUUCUGCAGCUGAUUAAUGCUGAGGUGGACAUAGAGCACCUCACUAAGGUUUUUAAUGAUCUUGAAGACAAGUACAAAGUGGAGCAUAACAAUGCCCAGCAGCUGGUGGCCAACGCUGCCAGCAACAUUGAUAAACUGCUGGCCAACCGCUCUAAAGCUCUGGAGGCUCUGGCCACAGCUGCAGAAAAGUUGCAGGUGGAGCACCAGUGGAGAGACGAUUUUGAGGAAGACUACAAUCAAUAUUACAAUGCAAAAGAUGAUACCUACCUCAAUAAUACUCUGGACUUCAUAAAAGACCCAGCCUUUAAGCGCCUUGUGUCGUACAACAGUACAGCAGUUCAUAUCCCUACUGACAUCUAUGAAGGCUCCACUAUUGUUCUAAAUGAGCUAAACUGGACCCAAGCACUAGAUGAAGUGUUUAAGAAAAAUAAGGAGGAGGACCCCACACUGCUGUGGCAGGUGUUUGGCAGCGCUACUGGACUGGCUAGAUACUUCCCAGCCUCUCCAUGGAUAGAAACAAAGAAAACGGCUGGUAAAAUCGACCUGUAUGAUGUACGGAGGAGACCAUGGUACAUACAGGGUGCUGCCUCACCUAAGGACAUGCUGAUUCUGGUGGAUGCGAGUGGGAGUGUGUCGGGACUGACGCUGAAGCUGAUCCGCACUUCUGUUAGCGAGAUGCUGGAGACUCUCUCUGAUGACGAUUACGUCAAUGUCGUUUUUUUCAGCAAUGAGGCCAAACCAGCGGCCUGCUUUCAGAACCUUGUCCAGGCCAACGUUCGCAACAAGAAGAUCCUGAAGAAGGCAGUGCAGAAUAUCACAGCCAACGGCACCACCGACUACAAGAAAGGCUUCAAGAUGGCCUUCGAGCAACUCGAUGCGAAGAACAACACAAGAGCAAACUGCAAUAAAAUCAUCAUGCUCUUCACGGACGGAGGGGAAGAUAGAGCGUCUGAGGUCUUUGAAGAGAUGAACAAGGCCCGCAAGGUCCGCAUCUUCACGUUCUCUGUGGGACAACACAAUUAUGAUAAAGGACCUAUCCAGUGGAUGGCCUGCACCAAUAAAGGAUAUUACUACGAGAUUCCCUCCAUCGGUGCCAUCAGAAUCAACACACAGGAGUAUCUGGAUGUGCUGGGAAGACCUAUGGUAAAAGCUGACAAAGCAGCAAAGAAGGUGCAGUGGACCAAUGUAUAUCAGGAUGCACUGGAGCUUGGGCUGGUCAUAACAGGAACACUUCCAGUGUUUAACAAGACUGGCAUAAAAACUGUCAGGAACAAACAGCAACUGAGCAAUGAAAAUCAGCUUAUACUGGGAGUGAUGGCCAUCGAUGUGUCGUUAAACGACAUCAAAAGACUGACUCCACGCUACACUUUUGGACCUAAUGGAUAUUACUUUGCCAUCGACCCCAAUGGAUACGUGCUGCUUCAUCCCAACCUUCAACCAGAGAACAACAAGUUUCAGGAGCCGGUGACAUUAGACUUCUUGGAUGCGGAGUUGGAAAACGAGAUCAAAGUGGAGAUCAGAAUGAAAAUGAUAAAAGCAGAGAAAGGCCAACAGACCAUCUACACUCUGGUGAAGUCCCAGGAUGAGCGUUAUAUAGACCAAGGCCUGAGAACAUACACUUACGGUCCAGUCAACGGCACUGAUUACAGCCUUGCUUUAGUGCUUCCUGAUUACAGCCAAUACUACAUCAAGGCUACCUUAGGAGACACCAUCACCCAGGCCAAAUUCUCGGAAAGCCUGCAGGUGGAUAAAUUUGAGGAGUACGGAUAUACUUUCAUAGCUCCCAGAGAGUACUGCAAUGACCUGAAACCGCAGAGUAGCAACAACACAGAAUUCCUGAUCGAGUUCAAUAAGUACAUUGACAUGAAGACCCCCAACGAUCCACAAUGCAAUGUGGAUCUGGUGAAUCGGUUGUUACUGGACGCUGGCAUUACCUCCAAAAUAGUGAAACACUGGACUGAACAGAAUAGAACUGACAGAAUCAGAGCUAAGUUUGUGGCCACAGAUGGAGGCAUCACCAGAGUUUAUCCCACAAGUGCUGGAUUUGAGUGGAGUGAAGAACCAGAGACAUAUAACUCCAGUUUCUACAAGAGAACCCUGGACAAUGACAUUUAUAUUUUUACACCACCAUUACCAGAAAUCAUUCCAUCAGAAAACGGAAGCCGUUCUGCUGACUCUAUUUUAGUGAGCAAAGCGGUAAAUAUUACCAUCAAAGGAGCUACACUCAAACCAGCAGUGGUUGGUGCGAAAAUAGACAUCGUUAACUGGAUGCAAAGCUUCACAAAUGCUGCAGAGAAAUCUAAUUGUAAUGAUGAGAUCUGUGGCUGCAAAAGAGAUGAUCCGAACAUUGACUGUGUGCUGUUAGAUGACGGGGGAUUCUUAGUUAUGUCCAAUCAGAAUGAUUACAUCAGUCAGAUUGGCCAGUUCUUCGGUGUGAUUGACCCCAUGCUGAUGCUCAACUUGCUGAAUGAGUCUCUGUUCUCCUUCAACAAAACCUACGACUACCAGGCGGUGUGUUUCCCUACCAAAGAAAACAGAUCAGCUGCUGGCCUCAGAUCAGUUUAUGUGCCGACCAUAGCAGAUAUACUAAAUGUGGGCUGGUUGGCCUCUGCAGCAGCAUGGUCAAUACUGCAGCAGCUGUUUGUUAGCAUAACGUUUCCUAAUUUCCUGGAAGCAGCGGAGCCAGAAGACGACGCCAUGGAGAAAGAAAGCUGCAUCACUGAGCAGACUCAAUACUUCUUUGCAAACACUGACAAAAGCUUCAAGGGAAGCCUAGAAUGUGACAACUGCUCCAGGCAGUACAUUGCUGAGAAGCUGGUGAUGACCAAUCUGGUGCUGAUCAUUGCAGAUUCUAAGAAAACCUGCACGACUUGUCAUGCAAAGCCCCUAACCCAGGCUGAGCAGCCCUCUUCGGGUCCGGAUCCCUGUGAAUUAGCCAAGCACCCUAGAUACCGGAAAGGUCCGGAAGUCUGCUUUGACAACAACGCAAAUGAACGAGAUGUUGACUGUGGCGGGGCAUCCGGUCUGACUCCGCCCGUUUGGCUCAUGGCCAUCUUUCAGCUGCUGCUGCUCUGGCUCCUGAGUGGACUCGGACACUGCCCAUCGUGACCUUAGCCUAGAGAAGCCCCGCCCCUUGAUGACGCCAAACCCUAGACCGCAUCCUGCCACACAAGUCUUUUUUUUAUCGGAACCCUGGGCACCAGCGCGCCUGCUUACGACAAGAAAGCCUUGGACCCGGGAAGCUUAAGACUGAUGAAGUGUUCGCUCUGUGUUGCCCUGUGAGUGACGGUGGGUCAGCAGAUGAUAAAUGAGCUAAGACUUUUGACCCUUGGCCUCUGAGGCCGGCCUCGGCCCACGUGGGCAACAGGGUGGACAGCCUUGCCUUUACCCCAGCGAAACAGAGGUCCUCUACCCGUGUUCUACAAUUACACCAGUCAUGACUGAUCUCGUCACUGCCAAAUACAGUGCUCUCUCCUAUGGGCGUGUGUCAUGUCAAUUUGAUAAGAUUAAUUACUUUUGUUUCGUUGGUCUUCUUGAGCAUCUUCUAGUGAAUAGCUUCUCAAGGCUAUCAAAAUGUAUCAAAAGUGUUUUGGUCAUCAGUUUUAAAACUAUACAUUUUGUUAUACAAUUUGCCCAUCUGGUUAGGCCGUAAUUUAAACUUGUUUAAUAUAUAAAUCAGGAAAGAUUGCUGAAAUAAAUCCUGAUAUAGACCUCUCAGGACAUGCUGUCAUUUUGCAGGACCCCAUUAGCAUCCAAAUGCUUGGGUAGACCUUGUUUUUGGAAAUCACCCAUAAUUAAUAACACGCUAUAGAACAAACCAACAACGGCAAACUAACACUCCUGUACACGUUGCAUCAUAAAACUGGCAACCUUACUAAAAUAUUCAUUGCUGACCAUUGAGCCUUGUCAAGGGGCUUUAGUAGUACUGUAGUAGACUCCAAUUUAAAAAAGUGUCUAGUCUUUUUCCAUGGCAUUUAAAGGUGCAGGGGUGUUAGUUGUCCUGUAAUCAUGUUUCUGUAAAGCUGCUUUGUGCCAACACCAGUUGUGAAAAGCGCUAUACAAAUAAAUUUGAUUUGAUUUGAGUUUGGUUUAGUGCUUAAUGAGCAUAUUAUUAUUAACAAUUGCUUAAUUCAUCGAAUAAAACUAUAUUUGCAACGUUACUCUUCAUUGUAAUACUGUAACGAAUGAAGCUGAUUUUACACCAGAAUCUUUGAGGCACACUGCAGUUUGCGCUUGUUACAGGAAAUGUCCAAAUGUUUGUGGACACCUAUUGUAAUGGAUGCACUCAGCUAUUUUCCCGGUAGAGAAGCAUUGCCAGUAGAAUAGUAGAUAUGUCUGAUGAUCGAUAUGAGAUAUAGAGAUAUAAAGACACCCAGCAUUGAGCAGUAGAGCAGUGGAACUAUAGUAUGUUCUCUGGAAUGAUGCAUCCAGUCCAUCCAGUGCUUUUGGGUUGCGGAAUUAGUUGGGGAAUUGAGGCUGAGGUGGGGUGGUGUAACAUUCAGUUAAAUUGAUUUUGAAGAAAUUUUUGUGAAAGUUUGUACUAAAAAACCCAUGUUUUCUGUAUCUAUUACGGUCCUAUAUUUUGUAAAAUGUAGCUUUCUCACUGAAUUUAAUUUUUUUUCUAAAAAGAAAAUAUAUUAGCAUUGCCACACACAGACAAUAUAAUAAGAGUGUGUUAAGUAGGACAAAGUAUGGGUUUGCAUCUGCCUCUGGUGUAAACUGGGCUGGAAAAUACUUAUUUGAUAUGUGUCGCUGUCCACAAAAUGACACAUGUCCUCAGAGGGUCUUUCUCCCUAGUGGUAUCCACCUCAGUGCCUGUGGAUUCUUUUUCUUUUCUAUUUUUUUUUUUAACUUGUCGCGUACUGCUCCAUCCUCUAUCUUCACAUCAGUCCCUGAAUCAGUUCAUAUUCACCCGCUGUGCAUUAAUAAAUGCACCUGCCAAAAACAAAAAACAGCCCCUGACUAUCUCCCCUUUCUGUAAGUGGGCUUACCAUGUUUACCAUGUGUUUCGUGUGCCCGGUCAGUCGUUUGAGCUUGUCUAAAGGGCUGAUUAUUGGCUUGGAGUUUUUGGAAGGUUUGAGGUAAGGUGAGGUGAGGUGAGGUAGCAACACUUAUUUAUUUGUUUAUUGAGGAUGUGUGUGUGUUAUUGCAUGUGAGUGAGUUUGGCUUAUGUUUAUUGAAGUAAAAUACUUUUUUUGUAUUAUUAAUAUUACUAUUGUUCUCCCCAAACUGCCUGAAACCAUCAAACGAUGGAAAGAAAUCAAAUUUAAAAAGCUAUUUUAAUAUAUAUGUACUAUAUGUAAGAAUUGGUCUCCAGUUCUAUGAUGAAGUUUUUAUUUAUUUUGUUAAUUUAUUUCUUUUUGGGGGGCUUCAGUAUGUGUUCUAAAUGAUUAUGUCUUUGCUGUGUGCCUUGAUGUGCUGGAGAGGAACACUUCACACAUUUUGAAGUGAUGGAAGGAUAGUUCCCAGAGACGCUGGUUUCAUUGUUCAUCAAGUAUAACUGCAGAAGGAUACGAUAAAACCCACUGCCCUGUUUAGUGUUUACAGUUCUGCACCAUCCCUAACUCCACCCCUAACACACCUGGCUCUAAUAUUCACAUAUUUGAAGAACUUUAAGUGGAGUUAAGUGGAGUUAGGGCUGCUUUCUGCUUCCCUGACACUUUGGAUUCAUUCAAUACUACAGAUUUCUAAAGAAUUAUGUAUGCGUAUUGCAUAGAGGCAAUAUGAAACGUGCUAUAGUGGUGGUAGUAGUAGCAGCAUCUUACUCAACAUCUAAUUUAUUGAAUGAAGCCAGGUUGCAGUAUGUAGUCUAAUGCAUCAGAUGGUGAUACUUACUGACCCUGAUACUGAAUCCUCCAAAAAAAGUCUGGAAAACUGCCAAAAACUUUUAAAAGAUUCAACACUGGAAAAGGUGAUGUGCUGUGUUUAUUUACAUGGCCAAAAUUGACAUUCAAAUAUUUUUGUUAUUGGUCCAUAUAAUAUACAGCUUAUAUACCACUUCUGUUUCUGAAUCAGUUUCUCUGAUUUUGCUAUUUAUAGGUUUGUUUGCUCAAAAUGAACAUCGUUGUCAUUUAGAGCAUUUAUUUGCAGAAAAUGAGAAAUGGCUGAAAUAACAAAAAAGUUGCAGAGCUUUCAGAAAUCAAUAUUUGGUGGAUUAGCUCUAGUUUUUAAUCACAGUUUUCAUGCAUCUUGGCAUGUUCUCCUCCACCAGUCUUACACACUGCUUUUGGAUAACUUUAUGCCACUCCUGGUGUAAAAAUUCAAGUAGUUCAUUUUGGUUUGAUGACUGUGAUCAUCCAUCUUCCUCUUGAUUAUAUUCCAGAGGUUUUCAAAUUGGUAAAGUCAAGGAAACUCAUACAUUUUAUGUGGUCUCUUAUUUUUUUUUUUCCAGAGCUGUAAAUCUAAUAUAAUAACUGUAAACACUUUGAAAUAUAAUAUAUAACAUUUUUUAAAAGGUGUUCUUUUUUUAGUAUUGUAAAAAUGAAAUAGCUUAAAUGUGUUUUGUUUGCUUUUCAAAGAAGAAAAACGUCGUUGUUUAGUAGGAAUACAAUUUUUUCUUCCUGCCAAACAUUGAAAGUGCUUUUUUUGUUAUUUUAUCCAAAUAUAAUUACAGUUGCCGUAUAAUUUUGGCCAAUAAAUAAGUCACAAAAUAAUGCCAGGAUUGGCCACAAUGGAUGUCUGCAACUACAAAGUUUUAAAAUGUGAUGCAUUCUGUAACGUAAAAAAAAAAAACAUUCAGUGACAAAUGCUAUAAAUAAUGCACAUCAGUAUAUCAGAAGUUUAUAUAAAAAAAAUCAUAUCACCAUUAUUAAAACAUUUUCCAUUGCAAUUUAAAUUUAAAUCAAAUAACUGUCCUCACCUAAUUUAGUGCAUCACCUUUUCUACUGCAACUUGACCUGGUGUGCCUCGAUGAACAUAGGACCAAACUCUGGAUCCCAAAUAACAUCAGAAAAUACCCACCGACCAUAAAAUGGGUAAUUGAUCAGUGUAGCAUCAUCACUGUUUAUUAUUGUGUUUAUGUUUUUAACAAAAAGAUUAAAAAUGACAAUCUGUAGCAAGUCACUGGAUUAUUAUUCAUAUUUUAGUUACUUUCAGUCUUUUCUUUGAGUUUAUUUAUUUAUUUUUUUUCUCAAUGGGGGAGGGAGGCACUAUAUCCCCAGCUGGUGUGUCCAUUGUUCUUAAUGUAAUAGCAGUUUGGAGUAGUUUGGAAUAUUUAUGCAGUCUGAGCUGAGACACCUGUUUGAGAUGUGGACAUUCAGGGUGUUUUCUUUGGGAAAACGCUGAUGAGCGCUAAUUUGACCAUAUGAGAAGAUGAAGUUGUUGAAAGCGGUGUUAUUCACCCUGAUUCAUUUGUGCAGAGUGUUUUCUGAUGACGUUCUAAGGAUUUACUGAAAACGGAGUUUUAGUCGGAACAGUCGUAGUGGUACUGGAAAUUUUAGCUAUAGCAUCAGAGCUGUUUUGAUGCACCAUUUGAAGCUGUUUUGUUAAUGUGGUGUGCACGCGAUUGAGCAACGUGGAGUUAUUAGCGAUGACUGCACUGUAAUUAGGCAUGGCAUCUUCAAUCAUGAUGAGUAAAAAUUUUCCAAGUUCUUCAUUCUCUUGUUUUAAUUCCCAAGUGAAAAGUCAUGUUACAGAAGCACUGAGAAGAAAUCAGUGGUUUAUUAUAAGACUCACACUAUUAACGUUUAAAGUUCAAAUCAGAGGUAAUGAAGUCAAAACAUAAAUACAUUUAUUUAAUUACUAGAAUGUUUAGAGUUGAAAAUCAUGUUCUUGGAGGAGUCUUUUUUUAAAAGAAACAUUUUUUUUUAAUGUUAUAUAAGGAACUAAAGAUCGUUCCUCGACAGCAUAGCUCUAAAAAUCCUUCUUUUUUAGAAAAAAAUAUUAUUAUUUAUUAUUAUUAUUUAUUGUAGGCAUCUUCCAGACUAUGAUUAUGAUUAUGUAGGAUUCCUGCAGUUGUCAGUUAUUACAGUGCCAGACAGUGACACAUCAGGAUUGCAUAGAAAUGUGUGUCUUUACCUGUAUCAGUGUUGUAUGUUGAUCACUGUAUGAUAAAGCUCUUCAGAUCCGACGUCUACUAGAGCUCAGAAAUAGUAAGUGCCAUAAACUCUCUCUUUUUCUCUCUCUCUCUCUCUUGCUAUCUCUCUCAAUCUUUCUCUCUUUAAAACAAAGAAACCUUUAUGAACUUGUUAUGAUAAAGUAAAACCUUUAAAUGCAAACCUCUUCAGACUUCAGAUAUCUUUUGAUAUAUGCCCUUGCCUGUCUGCAUGUAUUUUGUUGGCAGGGAGAAUACUAAACUAAACUGUGUGUGUAUGUGUGCCUGUGCACGCUUUAACCAUGGUUAGUGUGAUGUUGGGAUGUUUACUGCUGUUGGUGUUUGACAAUGUUAAAUGAUUUGGGUCUUGAUUUCACUGCCUUUCUCUUGUGGAGACAGCAUUUGAUUAGGACCCAUCUGUAGAUAACGCUUCAGUGCAUACAGUCAACCAUACCUGUUUAAAAAACAUCUAUCUAACAGUAGUUUACCAAGCCUCAAAGCUUAAACAUCUAAUAACCAAAGAACGGUUCACCAAUUUUUAAGCUGAAAUGUUUAGUAAACUAAGAAUAGUCCAAUAACUAGCUGGUCAAACAUCUAGUGAACAGGGAACACUACACCACGCUUCUAAGAUCAAACAUCUAAAAACCUAGGAACAGUUUACCAAGUUUUUAAGAUACAUCUAAUAACCCAGGGUUCUUGCACCAUUUCAAGUCAAAUUAAAUGUGUUUUAAGACAUUUUUAGACCACAAUAAAUAUAAUCUAAGACCCAAAAUGUAGUCAUAAUUUCUUUGGUAGAAAACAAUGUGUUGUAUUGGAAAUCAAAACCUAAUGUAGCUAACUUGCCACUAAUGUUACUAUGUUAUCUAGCCCACUGCUAAUGUUAGCUAGCUUUAUGCUAACCUUAGUUCUUUCCCCGGUAUCGUAGCUAACUCGCCACAAAUGUUAUUUUGAUAGCAUGUUAGCUAGCUCGCCACUAACAUUAGCUAGCUCUCCAUUAACCUUAGUUCCCUUUCUGGUAACGUUAGCUUACUCACCGCUAAAGUUAGCAUGUGCCCUUUCCACUGGCAUUAAGUGCACAGUCUGAAAAUGUAAUACCUACAGCUAAAUUACAGUAAAUUUAAGACAAUUUAAGAUCUUAAUUAUCCAAAUUAAAAUUUAAGACAUUUUAAAAUGUCUUUUUUAAGGACCUGCAGGAACCCUGUAACCUAAGAACAGUUUACCAAGUUUCUAAGCUCAUACAUCUAAUAACCUAGGAACAGUUUACCAUAGUUUUAAGCUUUUAGUAACAAGCAUUACUAAAUAACCAAGUAACAAGUAUGUUCAUCCAAACAUCUAUUAAACAUAGAACAGUCUAUUAAGCUUGUCUGUCCAAAUAUCUAUUAAAUAUAGUAACAGUGCCCCAAGAUUAUCUGAAUCUAGAGACAAUCUGCUAAGCUUUCAGAAGCAAACAUCAGGUGAACAGAACAUAGAACAUAGAACUGAUGAGAGCCAUAGAAAAUGAAUCAUUUUAUAUAGGAUAUAGUGUGAAGGUGAUGUACAGUACUUAACAUUUAGACCAUUAGAUGCUGUCAAAAUUGGUAGAGGUCAAAAGAUGAAGUUUGCCGCUGUUUUUCUAAAGGGAUUUACUCCUUUUGAUACAGUUGUUUGCAGAUGUGUCACAAUCAUAUGCUGUCUCCUAAGAACAGAAAACUUACGAGAUGCUACUGAAAGUGAACUCAAUGCUGAUGGUUUUGGUGCUGUCUAUCUCUGGGUUUGUUCUUCCUGAAUUUCUCUCUAAAGAUUCUAUUUUUUUGGUGGAUUGUUCCACUCUGAUCCUGGCUGGCAUCUCUGCUAAUCAUCCUAUGCCAGUUGCCCAAAGGCAGAUUAUUAGCCAGUCUCUCCAUUAACCUUUCUUGACUGGUCUCCACAGGCUCGGUUAUUGGUAGGGUUCUGGUCCUUCUCUGUGCUUUUUAAUACUUUACUCUUUUCUGGGUAUUUGGUUUGCCUGAAUCAAACUGUGUGUACAUUUGUAUGAUAAUGUUAUAAAAACAAUGGAACUAUUUAUACUCCCAGAGAUGUGUCGAUUCAUGUGCAAAUAAUAGUAUAUUCCAAAUAAAAGAGGUUUAUCAUUA